AUGAUUUUUCAAGAAGAGAAAAGAGCUUGUAGUCUGUUUUGGAUCAAGUUAACUAGAUAUUGGUUUCCACUUGUAGAUGAUGAUUAUAAGGAUCAUGACCCACCUGAUAAUACUGGCGAUACUUCCUCCUGUAAUAGUCAUGUGUUCAAUGAAACCGAUCCAACUACAAAUCUUAAUACUUUUUUUUAUUAUGAUUCUGGUGUCAAUUUUACCGAUGGAACCUUGCUGAAUAUGCCCACAGGCGUUAAUUUCCAAAUUUCUGCAAAUAAUUCAUUGCCAAACGAUUCUCUUACGACAUUGCUUUCAUACCCACUAAUUACACUCGUUGAUCAAGAAUUAUUUACUAGUUAUAUUUCUGGAACUGAUCAACCUCAAUCAAAACUCUCUAAUACUUUUUUAUCUGAUCUCUCUAAUGUUUACUUUCUUUCACCGUACCAGAGACAAAUUGUAUGGUUUGAUCGUGUUAAACAUACAGAACUUAGUGCUGCUUCAAAGAAAGGGGGGGCUUUAUCAGUUGCAAAAAAAUCAUCUAAGCUCGCGAUUAAUUAUUUUGACCUUUCAACAAGGAUCCAAUCUCUAAGUCCUUUAAACCCACUGGGCGUAAAUCCAGCUCAAUUUACGGCUACUUUGGAAAUAUUUAAUCAAUCAUCGACCUUAACCACUUAUAAAGAAACAGAUAAAGCGUCCCAAUUCAAGGUUCUCACUUUCUUUACCUCACUUGGUGGAGCCAACGCAUUCUUCAUGACUGUUUAUAUGUUCUUGUAUGGUAAAAAAGGCCCAGGCAUACUACCAUACCUCAUCUAUCCAUUUUUGUGUUGUUCAGGUCCAGCAAAUUAUAUACGUGAAAGAUUUAUAGAUCAACCUUCACAUAUGUUAGACUUGGAGAAGGAUGUGGACAAAGACUCUAUCCCUUAA